AUGAACUCUUUGUGGCCCUCGAGGCCUGUCAACGAGGGUGCCCCCGCCGAAAAGGAGCCCCCGCCGACCGGCGAUGUCGCCGAUGCCGUCGUUGCAGACGUCGGCCCCGAUGCCAGCAACCCGCCCCCUCCACCUGCGGCACGACCAUCUCUUCAGAGGAACUCCUCUGCACCCUCCCCCGUCCCUGCGCCGGCACCAGACCCCCCAGCUCCGAUGCCUCCCGCGCCCUCCGAACAACCGCAACCAACUGACUCGCUGUCACUAUUGCAGCUGAGGCGAAUCGUCGCCGAGUUCAGCCGAGGCGAACCUGUCGCCUACGAUUUUGUCUACAACGAUAUGGGUUCGCACGACGAGGAAAUAGACGAGUGGUUCGUGUACCAGUUCUGGCAGUGGGUGCGGCUGAACGCUGCCCAGAGGGCCUUCGAGUGGCAGUGGCAGCACGAGUAUGAUGUCCAGACAACUUGGGAGGAAACGGAACACCAGACCAGAGUCAAGUUCACACAGGACGCCCUGUAUGGUCUCCAAGUCAAGGACCCCGCACAACGUUCUGCGUCCAUUGGAAAGGUCCUGUACUUGGUGCUGGGUCGAUGGGGCGAUACCUCCACUCCGGCUACAGUGGGCGACAGGCGGUCAGCCGCGAGCGCGACCCAGCUGGAAGCAAUACGAUCAAGCAUCACCUUUCUUACAUCCCUGAACGGCAUUGCCACCGUAUGGAAGGCCUUGCAAGACUGCUUCGAUGUGUUUUGGUCGGACGACCCUCGACUGGUGCAGCCCGGUGGUGCCCAAGAGGCCCAGGAUGAGCUCAUCAACCUAAUGACAAUCAUGUAUGUCAUCAUCCAGGAGGCAUUGAGUUUCCCAAAGGAGCUAGAAACUACAAGAUCUGAACUUCUUUCCUUGAAGCCCGGUCUGGUCGACUUCAUGUCUCUAGCAGCCUCCAAGCUGCGUUGGGACGAUGGCAACUUGAUGCCAUCUAGCCAGAUCUUUCUGCUGUUCUGGAAGACCAUUCUCCUGGUCUUUGGUGGUACGCAGGAAAUAGACGAAGUCAAGAAGGCCACAAGCGAAUCCCCCAACGCGAAAUCCAAGGACGUCAUCACCGCGUCGCCCUUGGACUACCAUGUGUUUCGACAAGAACUCACCUCUAAGUACCCGGCCUACGUGCCGCCGAGGACCCUCAUCCCUCUCGAGCCGGAGAAUACAACCCUCCUGCCACCUCUGCCUAACCAUCCCACCAGGACUAGUGCGGCGAUGGGAUUCGUACCGGGACCACCCAACCCGCAAAGUAGCGGCGCCUCUAUCCUGCACCAGCCGGUUCACAUCGCGACACCUGCCCCUUCGCCACCUCCGUCUCCUGGUGUUGGAGGCAAGGGCGGUAAGAAACAAAACUAUCAGACGAAUCAGAACUUCCCAUUCAUGUACCCACCUCUGGAUGCUACAAGCAACAGCGCCGGAGGUAAAGGCGGGGCUGGGUUACAAGAACUACUUGUCGGUCGCAGAUGGGAGGGCAGUGACAUUCCCGCGUCCAUUCUGGAGGCAGGCGAACUGUUCUCCAGGCGAGUUCGCACGACACGCGCGACACGCCAGCUCUGGAGAGAACGCGAGAGCUUCCUGAAAUUCGAGAGAGGGUGGGAAGCAGAUGAUAGUGACGACGACGUUGAUGAUCUCGACCUUGAAGGGCUAAGCCUGGAAGAGAAGCAAGAAAUUGCUGCGCUCAAGGCCGAGACGAGAGCCGAGGAACGUAGGGAAGCACAGCUUUCGAUGCGAGAACCAGAAAUCGACCGCGGUCCUGCCGCAGAAAGAGUGAACGAGGAGGUCAAGCGCCGGCUACUUGCCGUCGAGAGCUUCUACAAGGAGUCUCUUCCUCACCUGCAGUCACUCGUGAUCGUCCUCCUGAGGCCGAUCCUCCUGAACGUCACUGCUGUCUUGUCGCAGCCUGCCGCAGCACAACAGCACCCGAGUAUGGCUGGCAGAGGGGCCAACGGCAUGAACGGCGGCCCCGGGCCCAAUAGGCAACAGCAGUCCCAGGACCCUUCGGCACAGUCGGGUCCUCCUGAACCCCCCGAGAUGACCCCCGAGGAAGUGGAUGCCGCGAGGUCCCGAGAGAUCACUACCAAAGCCAUAACGGCCAUCUUGCUCCUUCUGCUGAAGUGGCUUAGAAUCUCGCACGUUCUCAAAUUUGAGUACAUGACGCAGCUUCUGCUCGACUCCAAUUACCUCCCGCUAGUCCUCAAACUAUUUGCGCAUCAGGAUGUCCAACAAGUGGUGGACAGCAAGACGGACAGGCUCGAGAACAGUUUCUUCCACUUCUGCAACCUACGAUCGAAGUUUAAGGACAAGCCGCCGGUCCAGGCAGAGCCCGAGGAAGAGAGCGAAGACGAAGCAGCGCCUCCGCCCAUUAAGAGGAGGCGGUCACCACCUCGGGCAACCACGGCGGCAACGCGCGACAGCGACAAUAGUGCUAAGCUCGAUGGGCAAGCUGCGGUGCGGCCCGAAGUCGACGAGCUCGGAUACCCCGUCAAUGACCUGCCGGCUGAGCCGAUCACCGACUUCUCGAGAAGAAACUUCUUCUCACUCAUCAACUACCUCCGGAUCAUGCAGAAGAUUUGCAAACACAAGGCCCACCGAAACCUCCUCCUGGUGCAGUACAAGUCGGCCAACAUCCUCCGCAAGUCACUCAAGAUUCCCCAGCCAGAACUCCGACUUUACACCUUAAAGCUGUUCAAGAACCAGGUGCCAUACUGUGGCCGCAAGUGGCGGCAGAGCAACAUGCGCGUCAUCACGGCGGUGUACCUCCACUGCCGGCCCGAGCUGCGCGAUGAGUGGUUGGCGGGGAGCGACGUCGAUGCCGAGGUCGACUCGGCGCUGCCGCUGGAGCAGGCACUGCGCAGCCUGACGCAUUGGUACAACAUGCACAGGUAUCCCGAAAAGAUCGCCGUCGAGCUGCGAGCCGCCCUGCGGGAGGAGCAGGACUUCUUCACGAGGGAGCUGGAGAAGCUGGACAUGAACUGGGCGGACGUGGGAGCCGAAGACGGCGCAAACAGUGAGUGGGCCGAGGCGGCUGGCUGGCCGUGA